AUGCCGGCAGCCACAGGUAUAGGAAAUCUGGCCUUAGUGUGGUUCUUUACUGGUGCCCAAUACUUUGCUUUUUUUCUGUACAUAAUAACUUUACUAUUGAGCAUUUUUUCCAUCCUAGUAAUGACACAAUUUGUUCUGGGAAAUUUUGCCAGUGGUUUCAUAGCACUGGUGAACUGCAUUGACUGGGUGAAGAGACAAAAGAUCUCCUCAGUUGAUGGGAUUCUCACUGCUCUGGCAGUCUCCAGAAUUGGUUUGCUCUGGGUAAUGUUACUAAAUUGGUAUGCAAUUGUGUUUAAUCCAGCUUUAUAUAAUUUAAAGGGAAGAAUUUUUGCUUAUGUUGCCUGGACAGUAAGCAACCAUUGUAGCACCUGGCUUGCUACCAGCCUCAGCAUGUUUUAUGUGUUCAAAAUAGCCCAUUUCUCCAGCCGAAUUUUUCUUCACCUGAAAUGGAGAGUUGAAAGUGUAGUUCACAUGAUACUGCUAGGGGCUUCAUUCUUUUUGGUUUUUCAUGUUACAGUGGUAAGCAUAAAUGAAACACUCCAGAGAAAUGUAUACGAAGGAAACAUCACUCAAAAGACCAAACUGAGGGACAUUUUACAGCUUUCACAUGUGACUCUCUUCACAGUAGCAGACCUCAUACCGUUUUCUAUGUCCCUGACGUCUUUUCUGCUGCUAAUCUUUUCUCUGUUGAGACAUCUCGGGAAGAUGCAGCUCAAUGACAAAGGAUCCCAAGAUCCCAGUACCAAGGUCCAUACAAAAGCCAUGCAAACUGUGAUCUCUUUUCUCUUGCUAUUUGCCAUUUACUUCCUGACUCUAAUCAUAUCAGUUUGGAGUUCUAACAAGCUGCGUAAGGAACCCUUCCUCUUGCUUUUCCUGGCUGUUGAAAUCACUUAUCCUUCAGUGCACUCGUUUAUCCUAAUUUGGGGAAACAGGAAGUUAGCACAGGCCUUUCUGUUGUUUCUGUGGCAGCUGGGGUGCUGGCUGAAAGAUAGGAAAUAG